AUGCCGUGGAGGUGUAGUGUCCCCGGCUGUGGGAAACGCAAUCAGGAGAAAGUUAAAGGCGUUGUUAUUCACCGUUUCCCUGAAAAAGACUUGGAGCUGUGCAGUAAAUGGUUAGCGGCUAUCGACAGGGAUGGGACUAAAACCGAGAGGAAAUACGCGUCUUUACGGGUGUGCAGCCAGCACUUCAGUCCUGACGACUAUCAGAGGGAUCUGAAGGCGGAAUUACUGGGAUGUCCGCCAAAAAAAGUUUUAAAGAAAACAGCAAUUCCAACUAUUUUCCAGACAAAACGAAAGCCAGGCAGAAGACCCUCUCAGACUCUCAAUAAAACUCAACCUCAGCAACAGUCCUAUCCUGAUCAUGCUGAGAGGUUUGACUCUUAUCUCCAGGUGUUGUGUACAGAGAGUGUAUGUGGACGCUGUUACUGGGAGGUUGAGUGGAGUGGGAAUAAAGGGGUUUCUUUAGCAGUCUCAUAUAAAGACAUCAGCAGGAAGGGAAACGGUAUUGAGUAUAAGUUUGGAUUCAAUGAUCAAUCCUGGAGAUUGUUUUGCUCUCCAAAUGAAUUCAUAUUCGGUCAAAAUAACAGACAAUUUAGUGUCCCAGUAAUGCCCAGCUCCUCUAGAAUAGGAGUGUAUGUGGAUCAUAGGGCAGGGAUUCUGUCCUUUGUUGUGGAUAAAAAAUGUCAUAAAAUAAACAUAAGGGAGGUCCAGAUCCAGAUCCAGGUCCGAGCCAACACCUUCUACGGCGUCUCUGACACAAUGAAGCUCCUCCACAGAGUUCACACCACGUUCACUCAGCCUCUUUACCCCGGGUUUAUGGUUUGUAAAGGAUCAAGGGUUAAACUAUGUCAUUUAAAAUAAAUCAUUUUCAGAGCUUUGUGAUACCAGUGGAUUUUUGUGUGUGUCUGUUUCUGCAUGCAGUUUGAUGGGGGUUACCUCAAAACAACAGUGCACUGCAAUAGCAAAAGAAAUAUACGAUGAGACUAUGUGAAUAAAUAAAUAAAUAUCUGAUCUGAGACAAGAACUGACAUCUAAUAAACUAACGUCUUCAUAAUUUUUUAGAAAAUACAGUUUUAUAGUGAAAACAAAUGGCAUUGCUACAGAUAAAAAUAAAUAAAUAAAUAAAAAGUAAAACCUUCUCAUCAGGCAACACUGCUCCAUUGUAGAAUAGUAAGAACAGUAGAAAUUAGCCUUUAAAAAAAAAAAAAUAAAUCUGUGUUUAAAAACAUGAACGAGUCUCACAAACAUUAUAUUACUGUUACGCCACGGGCAGCAGAUGGC